CCUGCUGAUAGUGUCUAGUAUACAGUGAAGAAUCUGCCCUCUCCUGUGAAGUCUUAUCACGCUUUAACGCCUGAUAAGCGCUCACUAGCUCUGAAAAUGAAGUGCCCUCUAGGCGACAUCUUCGCCGAGAUUAAAGCCGUGGUUUUUUGAAUGAAAACAGUCAGCAUCCUCGUCUGGAAAUCCGUGCGUCAUCGGGACGGCGGCGGUGUGGUGCUGCCUUCUGGUUUCCCUUGUUGUAUCAGAGCGACGUGAGGAGGGUCUCACGCCGCAGAAACCCCCUGAAGGAUCCGCGUUAAUUGAAUUCAUUAGCCAAUCAAUCCGUCGCGACCGGCGGCUCAACCCGGAUGACCUCUGGAGUGACGCGUCCGUCCAAUGAGAGUGCGGUGGGAGCAGCGCCGGAGGAGAUGCGCAGCGUUUGUGCAGGUCUCUAGCGCUGUCGUAAAACAAGUCGGAGCAACUCAUUCACCUUUAAAGCGAUGCCAGGGGUAACCAAGUAUAAUUUAGUGGAUGAUGCGCACGAUUUGAGGAUCCCCAUGCACAACGAGGAGGUGUUUCAGCAUGGGGUCUGCUUCGAGGCAAAGUACAUCGGCAGUUUGGAGGUGGGUCGUCCGGGCAGCCGAAUGGAGAUAGUUGCUGCAAUGAGGAGAAUCAGAUAUGAAUUCAAACUGAAGAACGUGAAGAAGAAGAAAGUCAACAUCGUUGUGUCUACUGAUUGCGUCAGAGUGGUGUUGCGGAAGAAGAAAAAGAGAAGAGAGUGGUCGUGGGACGACAGUGCGAUCUUAGUGACACAGGACCCCAUCUACAGGAUAUUCUAUGUCUCGCAUGACGCCCAAGACUUGAAGAUCUUCAGCUAUAUCGCACGAGAAGGACAGAGCAACAUUUUCCGCUGCAAUGUGUUCAAGUCUAAGAGAAAGUCUCAGGCAAUAAGGAUCGUGCGGACAGUGGGUCAGGCGUUCGAUGUGUGUCACCAGCUGACCCUGCAGCAGAGAUCUGACGACCAGGAGGAUGGGGAGGGGAAUACAGAGGAGUCGCAGGCAGCACCAGCUAAGAAGAGGUUUGCGCUGUCAGAGGAGACCGACCUUGAAGCCACCACAGAGGAGAGCAUCGACUGCAUCUCUUCGUCAGACCUGGAGCGGGGCAAACGGGACGAAGCCCUCGGUGAUGAUGGGAAGGCCUCCAGUGACCCGUCCCUCCUGCUGGGCUCGCCCAUCCUCGGUGCCCCUGUGUUGGAGCGGUUGGCGGCGGAGUCGCCCUGCUCUGCAGAGCACCAGGUCCAGCUGCUCCAGAGACAGCUGCAGCAGCAGGAGCAGCAGGCGCAGGCAGCCUCAGCACAGGUGCACGUGCUCCAGGAGCAGCUGUCAGUGGAGGUGUGUGCGCGGACCGAAGCGCAGGCCAGGGUGCAGAGGCUGCUGCAGCAGAACACCGACCUGCUGCAACACAUUUCCCUGCUGGUCAAACAGAUCCAGGAGCUGGAGCUCAAAGCUGCAGGACAGUUAACCUCCAUGGGGUCCCAGGACAGUCUUUUGGAGAUCACUUUCCGUGCCAAGCCUCCCAGCAUGCCCCUUACCCCCUCUUCAUCCUCGGUGACCCUGCCUGCUCAGCUCCAGCCCCAGAUAAGUGACAGCGUCUGGGUCUCCGCUCUCCCCGGAGCCUCCUCUCCCGGCACAGUGGGCACCGACACCAGCACCCUCAGCCUCAGCAGCAGCGGGGUUCGGCUCGAGUGCUUCCGCUUCUCCUCUCGCGGGCCGGAGAGCCAGGACCCGGGCCAGGACCCAGGGGAGACUCCCAGCGACGGCGGCCCAGAUGAGAGCUCGCUGAUGGGGGAGCAGGUCCUGGGAGCCCUGGAGCUGCUCCGCUUCAGGGAGUCGGGGAUCGGGUCUGAAUAUGAGUCGAACACGGACGAGAGCGAUGACCGGGACAGCUGGGGGCAGGGUGAGGGCGGGGGGGCGGAGGGUGCCGCUCGGCUUUUGAACGUGCUGAACAUAGAGAGCCCGUCGGACUGCUUAGGGGAUGAGAUGGCUGUGUAGUGGUGCCUUUAAGGCUGCACUUGGCAACUUUUUGCACUUUAGUGGCCAUCGGGAGACAACACGUUUAAACUUGAUUACCCAGAAAUCCUACAAUGUGACAUCAGUAAAGUGCACAUUCCUGGGACCGAAACGUCCUCUUCUUAGUGGCUGGUGGGGAUGCAUGUGCUGAACGGUGUUGGGAGUAUUUUAUCGUAACCAGCAACAUAACUAGUAAUCGUGAUUCUUUUAUUGGCGCAAAAACAGCUCAGCCAAUAAAUGCAAUUGGUGACGAAGACAGCCUUAAAGCAAAACUGGGCUGCUAAUCCAGAAUACUGUGCUUCUACUCUCCAUUCACUUCUAUUGUGCAGAAAAACAGGCCCCAGAAUAACACUUUUAGUGCAUCAGUGAAUGUGAACAAAGUGGAUUAUGCCAAUAU